CCGCGCGCUCCUCGAUCCUCAAUUCCUCAUCCCGUGCUCGCCAAGGGACGAAACCGAAGACGGCAACGCCACAGCCCACAGACCACAGCAGUCAGCACGCCGGCCACACCAAAGACAAGCAAGCAGCUUAGGAAUCCACGCGCCCGGCGCCUCCAAUCCCCUUUUGCCUUGCUAGGCUUGCGGCGGUUCGUUAGUGGCGGGAUUUUUCCUUUGCAUUUCCCCGCCGCCGUCUUGGCACCUCGGCCCCUCCUCUGCGCCGUGCCCAACGCCGGGGAGCACCGGGAGCUAGCCCCCGAUUUCAAGCUCAGUUCGUGGAGGUUGAGGCAUCGGGCCCUGCCGAUUGCCCACACGCACGCUCUCCGCCCAAAAUUUGCCUGCGUCCUCGCCGCAAAUCGUUUCCCGUGAUCCCGAGGCGCGCGCGUGGUGCGACGAGGAUGGGGGAAGGGGCGAAGGCGAUGCUGACCAAGCCCAUCCAGCUCGCGGACCUGGUGGCGCAGCAGGCGGGGUAUCAGUGCCUCCGGACGGACUGCACGGAGCUGCGGUCCCGCGCCAAGAAGCUCGCCGAGCUCCUGCGGCAGGCGGCGCGGGCCGAGCUGUACGAGCGCCCCGCCGCGCGCGUCAUGGCCGACACGGAGCGCGCGCUCCACAAGGCCGCGGGCAUGGCCGCGCGCUGCUUCCAGAGCCACUCCCGCCUCCGCCGAUUCUUCACGCUCAACCCGGUGUCGGGGCUCCCGCGCACCCUCGCCCUGCUCGACACCGCGCUCGAGGACAUCGCCUGGCUCAUCCGCAUCUCGUCCCCGCAGGACGACGACGACGGCGACCUGCGGGGGCUCCCCAACAUCGCGCAGAACGAGCCCGUGCUCGGCAUGAUCUGGGACAACAUCGCGCGCCUCCACACCGGCGGCCUCGCCGCGCGGGCCGACGCGGCCGCCACACUCGCCUCCCUCGCCAACGGCAACUCCCACUUCGCCAAGUACAUCAUCGAGGAGGAUGGGGUCGCGCCCCUCGUCAAGCUGCUAAAGGAAGGCACCGACGAAGGGCAGGAGGCCGCGGUCACGGCGCUCGGGCUUCUCUGCCGCGACGAGGACAGCGUGGAGAAGCUUCUCCACUCCGGGGUGUGCUCCGUCUUCGCCGCCGCGCUCAAGGAUCCGCCGAUGCGCGUGCAGGCCGCGGUGGCGGACGCCAUCGCGUCGCUAGCGCGCCAUAGCCAGAAGUGCCAGGACCUGUUUGCGCAGAGCAACGCCGUCCGGCAUCUCGUCACCCACCUCGCCUCCGGAACCAUCAAGGAGCAUAGCAGGUAUUCUGUCGGUGUGAACGGCUCCCGGAACACCGUUACUGCGGCGGCGGCGGCCACAACACCGCUUGGCAAUCUUCACUCCGUUGUGCUUGCCGAAUCGGGAAGCGUGCGCCAGGGCGAGCCUGGUUCCUCAACCAAUGGCAAUCAGCCGCCAAACCCGUUGGAAACUUCGACUGGCCAACAGCGAGCAAGAGCGAACCAGAUGCAAUCGGUGGUGCAAUCCGCGAUGGCGGCCACCAACACGACGACGACGACUGGAGUCAUGCCACCAGGUGCGAGGCCCCAGCUGAGCUCAAACGGUUCAAGUGGCCGCGGAUCACGCGAGGCCGAGGACCCGGCCACCAAGGCGCAAUUGAAGGCCAUGGCGGCAAAGGCUCUGUGGAUGCUUGCGCGGGGCCAUGUGGGAGUCUGCAAGAGCAUAACAGAGUCUCGCGCGCUCCUCUGCUUCGCCAGGCUCCUCCAGAGCGGCGACGGCGGCGCGGGAACGGACCUGCAGUUGCACUCCGCGAUGGCGAUCAUGGAGAUCACCCGUGUCGCCGAACACAACCUGGCGCUGCGGCAGUCCGCGUUCAAGCCCAGCGCCACGGCAGCCAAGGCCGUCGUGGAGCAGCUCCUCCGCAUCGUACGCAAGGGGGACGACGACGGCCUGCUGCUGCCGUGCGUCACUGCCCUCGGCUGCUUGUCCCGCACAUUCACCGCGAGCGAGACACGCGUGAUCGGCCCGCUGGUGGAGCUGCUCGACGACCGCGAGAUUCCGGUCAUGAAGGAGGCCGUGGCCGCGCUCACCAAGUUCGCCUGCACCGAGAACCACCUGCACGUAAACCACUGCAAGGCCAUCGUGGACGCCGGCGGGGCGCGGCACCUCGUCCAGCUAGUGUACCUCGGAGACCAGCUGCAGAUCGAGGCGCUCAUAUUGCUCUGCUACAUUUCGCUCCAUGUCCCGGAGAACGAGGAGCUCGCGCAGGCUGGGGUGCUCGCCGUUCUCCUGUGGGCGUCGAAGCAGGCACACAUGGUGCAGGACCUGCGCGUUGAGGCACUGCUGCCGGAAGCCAAGGCUCGGUUGGAUCUGUUCCAAGCCAGGGCAUCCAGGUGAUGAUUGCAGCAACCACCAGUGGAGAUGAAUUAGUUCAUCUUGCUUUGCAGAAUCAGAUUAGAUUUGUGUCUAUUGUUCUUUGUUAGUAUUUCUCAGUUAUGCUAUUGUUAGAGUGUACAGAUCGCAGUCGUAUUUGUCUCGAAUGGAAAUAUUUGAUCGGUAUAGUGGCUUAUUGUCCGUUCCUAAUAAAUUCUUGUCGAUCAUGUCUGUACGUGUAAAUUGAGAUGGUAACAAAACAAGGUGUUUGUCAUCAUGUCAUGCUUAGAUCGACCCAUCUGGUCCGAUUUGGUCGCUGUUUAAGUGUAGGUUCACUGCUUCAGCCAUAAUGGCAGGUUGACUUGAACCCAAAUGCACCUUUUUUCCUGAACGAAGUACACCUGCUACAAUGAUCACCGAAGAUUCAAAAUAGCAGAUCAGCUACAGCA